AUGGUUUCAGAGGAGAAUGCCAAUGACGACGAAAGUACUGCUGAAGAAGCCAACCCAUCAGCUACAAUCAGAAACGAGACUGUCCAAGUGGAUGAAGAGAUUUCGGAUAAUGACCAGCGAGAACAACAGCAAUCUUCGCAUGUGGACGUGAAUCCUGAAACGACCUUUCUUUCUGUCAGUGCCUUUCAGAAUCAUGCAUUGCUCAAAACCAUCCAUCUUCCUCAGGAAUUGAAAUUGAUCUUCGAAAAUGCCUUCUUGGGUUGUUCCGGUCUUCAAUCUAUCAAGAUCCCCUCAAAUGUUUAUAGCAUAGGCGAUCGUGCCUUUUACAAAUCUGGACUGUUUCAGAUUGAUCUCAGGGAAGGCUUGCAUACCUUGGGAAAUCUUGUAUUUGCGUGCACUCCCUUACGACUGGCUCGAAUUCCAGCAUCAGUAAAGGAAAUGGGUGAGGGCACUUUUUAUCGUUGCUUUCGCAUGAUCUCUGUUGAGAUGCCAGGACGAAGUUUCCUUCCGAGCCAAACCUUUAUGCAUUGCUAUUCCCUGCGGAAUAUUGCCUUGAGGGAGGACAGUAGUGCUGGAUAUCGUAGUCUGGCGCGAUGUACGUAUUUGAGCACGCAUCUACCCAACGAAAAUGAUCGGUUGCAAGCGCUGCAACAUCGAUUCGAUGGGUUGCCAGUCCAUGGACUUUGUUACUAUCACACCUACUAUGGCAGUGCAUCCAAUACGGAACGAAUCGUUUCCAAGCUAGAGGAAAUCAUUGCGUCGCCGUCUGAAAACCAACAGCAAUCACAGCAGGAUUGUUUGGGCAUGACUCCCUUGCAUAUUCUGGCACUUUCGUCUAGACAAAUCCUUCCACUUUAUAAAGUGCUACUGAAGCACUGUCCCGAUGACGUAAUCACCAAGGACAAGUGGGGUGACCUACCCCUGCAUUUUGCUUGCAAGAUUGACGCACCCUUGGAAGUUAUCCAGCUUCUUUUGGAGGAGUCCUACAAAACAAUGGAGGAACCCAUGGAUUUGGGAGUUGAGGGGAUUCUGAAGGAUUCCAACAAUCAGUUUUCUGGGCAGACUGCGCGGUUACUCCUACAAUAUCACACCAAAGAACGGCAAGAGUCGCUUGGACUAGAAUCAUGGCGACACGAUGUAGCGCUUGGGAUGGACCAGGUUGCACUCGAAGAUCGCUGGUCGGCACGGGAUGAUCGCAUCACCGAAGUCCUCCGGAAACUGACGACAUUUGAAACCAAAGAAUCCACGGCCCUGCUGGAGCUUGUCUUCUGGAAAGCGAGAAUGGAAGGUGACGGUUAUUGGGUCGGGGACAAUCGAUCCGAUCCCUCUAUUCGACAAAAGUAUCGCGUUCACUGCGGCAUCGGAAUCGCAGUGCCAAAUAUCCUUCCCUUUCUUCACGAAGACGAGGAUGAAGCAUCUUUGCAAGAUGAAACGAUGUGA